GCUGAGUUUUCCAACAAAGACAUUGUUCAGGAUCUCAACAGGCUUUUGAAGCUGGGUGCAUCAGGAAAUAGUUCAACACUGCGUAAGUGAUACUACUCACUAAUGACAGGAAAUUUUAAAAAAUCAUACUGUGGAAACAACACUCGUCAUCAGUGAUAUGUGGGUGGGCCUUGCGACCUGAAAAGAAAGGCUUGGUACACAUUAAGUAAGGGGCACAAGUUAAGCAAUAUUUAGUAUGCAGUAAAAAAAAAUUUUGAAACUUUUAGUCUGCAGAAAGAACUAGGUAAAUGCAACUAGGUUAAUUAUUGCACAGUUUUGUGGUAAGAUUCCUUUGCCUAGACAGCAAGCAGAUUUACAUUUUUCAAAAGUUGUCUAACACUGGAUUCCAGUAUGAGCACUGUACAUUCUACUCUACAACAGAAUAAUUAUGGACUGUACUGCAGUGUUCUUUGCAUUAUAUUUUUCAUCUGGUUUUUUAAUUUAGCUGAAAUGGAUUUGACACAUGCCACUGCUGCUUUAGCAUCCCUGAUCAAAUACCUCGAGGUAACUUUAUAUUUUAUCAGAUGGUAAAGGUAAAGGUGCACAUGAGCCAAAGGCUCACAUGGCCGGAGCUUAUUUCUGGUUUCCGUAGCAUGAAGCAUGCCUAGGAGUAUUGCUACUCCCCCCUGGAUGGGGUGCUAGUCCAUUGCAGGGUUGCCCCCCAGAAGUAGGUCGCUGGUACCUAUUUAUACACCUGGGUGAAGAGAGACAAAGUGGAGUAAAGUUCCUUGUCUAAGGAAACAAAGUGACGGGCGAGGGUUGAAUCCCAGACCUCCAGAUCCAGAGUUUGAGGUGUUAACCACCCAGCCACACACGCCUCCACACUAUCAGAUAAGAUGCCCAGAAAGAAAUACAAAGGGAUUUUCUUUGAUCUUAGUUGAUUAUAAAUCAACAGCCUGUAGCAAAAUAAAGAUCUUUCCAACAAUCUCUCACUGCUCCACAUUACAUUAAUUCACUAUGGCAAGGUCAUUUCAAAAUAAUAAACUCACAAGAACUCAUCACCAAGACUUCAUUAUUGAUUUUAACAAAUCCAAAUGCAAAAUGUAACUUUAAAAAAUAAACAGCUCUAAGGGAUCAGAGCAAAAUUAUGAUCCAAUUUAAUUUAAGAAUACAAACAUAUGGGACUUCUGAACAAUCAAAACUUACCAAAACUUUGUUUUAAAUUUCAGAACUAACCUUGUGUUAAAUAUCUUCAGUUUCUUGCAGACGAAACUAAUUUUGGGCAGUUUCACCUUAGUACCUUUGACUUGACACAGUUUAUGAAGCUUGAUGCAGCAGCUGUGAGGGCUCUUAAUCUUCUUCCAAAUCCUUUAGAUGGUAAAACAUCCAUAUUCUUGGUUUUACCAUAAUUAUUAAUAAGUUUAUAGAAAAAUGUUUUUCAGUGUGUAAAACAGGAAUUUCAGUAGAAAAUAUCCAGGUACUCCCAACUGGAGUCCAACCUAUGACAUUGUGGUUACUACUCCAGAUGCUCUAUCACUGGGCUACAGGAGACUCAAGGGAGCUAAAGAAAGUAUUAGAACUGUAAAGCUGUCCCAAUACAUUUAUCCAUGAUUGUAGGUGUAAGGGACAAACAUCCUGCAUGCUGUUAGGUCUGGAAUGUUAAACAUCAAAGCCUUAGUUCUUACAGUGCUCAUAGUUGUUUGGUUUGUCUUGAAAGGAGGGAACAAGAGUAUGUGUCUGGUUGGCCUUUUGAAUAAGUGUAAGACAGCUCAGGGACAGAGACUGUUGGCGCAGUGGGUGAAACAACCUCUCAUGGAUAAGAACAAAAUUGGUGAGUGCUAAACCCUAAGGUAGGCUCUAUAUGCAGUGGUAUGCAGUCGUUAAUACAGACAAACAGUAGCUCAAGUGGUUAGAGCAUCCGACUAGAUCACGGAGGGUCGUGGGUUCAAAUCCCAUCUGGGACUCGGAUUUUUUUUCCGAGUCCUCCUCAAAUUAAACAGCUGUAUACCAUGUAAAUCUACCAGUACAGUAAAAAAAAAAAAUGAAGGAAACCUUGGGUGUUGAUUGGUUUGUUUCUUUUUCUUGGUUUGUUUGUAUGUUUUUUUUUUUUUUUGCAUAAUCCUUGCCCUGGUACCCGCAGAGUGAACCUAAAAAAUAUGUGGCAACUACUUGCAAGAUGAUGAUGACACUUUUGCCAGAAAAACUUUCCUUCAGUGUGUCUCAGAGGAUGAAAAUAUUCCAAAUAAACAGGUUGUUUCCCUCCCUCUUACGAAUUUAAAAUUAAUGUUAAUAUGCAUGAACCUGGUACCCUUUCAACUUCAAUAACAGAAUCAACUAUUACAAUAACAUUCUACUUGGCACUGACUACUUCACUUUCUUUAGAGUUCAGUGAGAUUUUACAUGUUUUCUUUGCAGAGGAACGUCUUGACAUAGUGGAAGCUUUCUUUGAAGAUACAGAAUUAAGACAGACAAUUCAGGUUUGUUUGCUGUGAGAGAAUUUGAAGAUACUAGCUCUUAUAAA